ACCCUAGCAUACUUAGUUUAAGAACUACUUCCGGUCCUGAGUCACUGUGAGUAAGAAUGGCUCCGCCGGGAGAGUGCAAGAUGGCGACGGAGGGGACCGAACAGAUGGAGAUGGAUGAAACUCGUGGAGGCACUGGUCUACGCCAGUAUUACCUUUCAAAGAUUGAGGACUUACAGUUAGUUGUCAAUGAGAAGAGCCAGAAUCUGAGGCGUCUCCAGGCCCAGAGGAAUGAACUAAAUGCUAAAGUUCGUCUCCUACGAGAAGAACUGCAAUUGCUUCAGGAACAGGGAUCUUAUGUGGGAGAGGUGGUUCGAGCUAUGGACAAAAAGAAAGUUCUGGUUAAGGUUCAUCCUGAGGGGAAGUUUGUUGUGGACGUUGAUAAAAAUAUAGAUAUCAAUGAUGUGACCCCAAAUUGUCGUGUUGCAUUACGUAAUGACAGUUACACACUACACAAGAUCCUUCCCAACAAGGUAGAUCCACUUGUGUCUCUGAUGAUGGUGGAGAAGGUUCCAGACUCCACAUAUGAGAUGAUAGGAGGCUUAGAUAAGCAAAUCAAAGAGAUCAAGGAGGUGAUUGAGCUGCCAGUCAAGCACCCAGAACUCUUUGAAGCCCUGGGAAUUGCUCAGCCAAAGGGGGUGCUGCUGUAUGGACCCCCAGGAACUGGGAAGACCCUUUUGGCUCGAGCUGUGGCUCACCAUACAGACUGUACAUUCAUAAGAGUCUCUGGGUCAGAACUUGUACAGAAAUUCAUUGGAGAAGGAGCCCGUAUGGUACGUGAGCUCUUUGUCAUGGCACGAGAACAUGCUCCCUCCAUUAUCUUUAUGGAUGAAAUUGAUUCUAUAGGGUCCUCUCGAUUGGAGGGAGGCUCUGGCGGAGAUAGUGAGGUGCAGCGUACAAUGCUUGAGCUUCUUAACCAGCUGGAUGGCUUCGAAGCUACCAAAAAUAUAAAGGUGAUCAUGGCAACCAACAGAAUCGAUAUAUUGGACUCUGCUCUUCUGCGUCCUGGCCGUAUUGACAGGAAGAUAGAAUUUCCCCCUCCUAAUGAAGAGGCUCGCCUGGAUAUUCUUAAGAUUCACUCUCGAAAAAUGAAUCUAACUCGUGGAAUCAACCUGCGCAAGAUUGCAGAGCUAAUGCCAGGAGCAUCAGGGGCAGAGGUGAAGGGGGUGUGCACAGAAGCUGGGAUGUAUGCUUUGCGUGAGAGGCGUGUCCAUGUCACACAGGAAGAUUUUGAAAUGGCUGUAGCAAAGGUUAUGCAAAAAGACAGUGAGAAGAACAUGUCAAUCAAGAAGCUGUGGAAGUAAUUGUAUUUAAGGAUGUGGCACCUAGAACUAUUGGUUCUACCAAUUGGUGUGUUUGUGCUGCCAGUUCCUGGCCCUGCUUCUAUUCCAAAGGACUUGACACUGUAUAUGUUAUAAUUUCAGCUGCUAGAGGCACAUCUGUCGUCAGCCUUUUAUACAAUGCUAAGAGUGGGUUAUUAACUGCUGUUGAAUCUAGACCUAGAAUUAGGAAACAUGGGUUUGGCAGGGACCAUUGGUGACACAGUUCCUGGAAAAGUAAAUCCAGAUUUAGUUUUUUUUUUGUUACUCAGAGAAUUAUUCCAUGAAGUCUGUUUAAUAAAGAACAGAACAAAAUGAAAAAAAUCUUUUUAUUGUUAAACUUCAAAACUUUCUUUACAAUGAAAAAAAUAAACUAUAGUAAAAAAAAAAGACA